AUGGCGGCGUCGUCUGCUGGUAGCUCGCCGACGAGUGAUGCUCCACAGAUUCCACGGCGAAAUCUUCGACAGGCGACCCUCAUCAUCCCGCAAACAGGCAGGCGAGUCAAGAGAAGGAUAACGCUUCACGAAGUCGACGGGCACAAUGACGAGACUAGUUCUCCAGAGGAGUCGACCAGUGACACUACGCCUCUCCUUGUCCGUACUCGAACGAACUCCGCUACAUGGAGAAGAAAGCGAGGAACUCUCUCUGUGGGGCAAACAGCGAAAUUAAGAGCAUUGGAGAAGAUUAUGGGGGUCAAGCACUUCCUCAUGUCUGACGUUGGCAAAGGAGUCUUCAAAUGCUCUCUGGCCUAUCUUCUGGGCAGCAUGGCGACUUUUGUUCCGUUCCUACGAGAUUCCCUUGGGCAUCAGGAUGGAAAGCAUAUGGUGGCUACUAUUACAGUCUACUUCCAUCCGGCACGAUCGCUAGGGAGCAUGUUCGAUGCGCUCAUCUGCGCCUUCGCCGCGUUCGUCUAUGCGGCCUUUAUCAGUAUCACGAGCAUGAGCGUCUCAGCCUUUUUUAGCGAUACCCUCGAUCUGAUGCCAGUAGGUCACGUCAUUGUGCUAAUAGUCUUCUGCGGUGGAGGCCUGGGUUUCAUUGGGUGGGUCAAGCAGAGGAAGGGUGACGCUCUCGUAAACGUCGCUUGCUCACUUGCAUCUCUCGCAAUCAUCACGGUCAUCACUAAAGAAGGUGCUGUCCAAGCAGGAAAUUUUUCCUUCGCCAAGAUCAACCAAGUUCUGAAGAUGGUCGUGAUGGGGGUCGUGGCUACAAUGGCAGUAUCACUUGUCAUAUUUCCCGUGUCUGGCAGGUUGAAUCUACGGAAGAACAUAACCUCAGUCACAGAUUCCCUGGCCGAUAUGCUUGCUCUAAUCGCAAGUAGCUUCCUCUCUGGGUUUGAGCAGGAAUUAGAGGAGACACCUUUCAAGAACAUCGCUGAGCGGCAUCUGCAGACUUAUUCGACCCUGGCGAAGAACUUGAAGGAGGCCAGGUACGAGCACUAUGUAGUUGGAACCGAACGACAGUACAGGAUCGAGGCCAAACUCGUACAUUGUGUCCAGCGCGUCACUCAGAGCAUUGGCGGGCUGCGAAGUGCUGCUGCAAUGCAGUUUACUGUAUCGAGACAAACAGUGGCCCUAGCCAAGCAUGGUCAGAACAAAACCUACAGUGCGUAUAGCACACCUUCGUCUGGGGUUGGUCCAUUCGCAACGCCUCCAGCACGCACGAGCUCAGGAGAUUUCGCUGGCAUCUUGUCUGCUAUCGACGAGCUAUCAGAUGAGGAUAAUGCUAACGACGAAUAUCUGAACGGGCAGCUCUCAAGUUACAGCGUGGGCUUCAGGUCACCGUUAGAAAUAUUUUCUCUCUUCAUCCACCAUCUUGGUCCAUCGAUGAGAUCCCUGGCCUUUACGCUCAAAGAGAUCUUGGAUGAACAACCCUUUCGGCAGGGAGUCAAGCACGAAGUUACAGUCAGUCCCAAGUUUCGAACGAGCCUAGACCGAGCUAUUGAGCUCUACACGGGAGCUCGGCGGGAGGCCCUGAAAGCCGUCUAUGAUCAAAAGGAUAUGAAUCGAGACCGGCCCGUAGAAGUGGAAGCAGAUUGGGAAGAGGUUGCUGCUAGCUGUGGUCACUUCUCAUUCUCGCUUCUCGAGGUUGCUGAACAAGUCAAAGAAUAUUUGUUGAUUCUUGACGAGUUGCAGUUAGAAGUCGAAGAGCGUCCUGCUGGUCGGACAUGGUCAUGGCUGAAAUUCUGGAGACCCCAGACCAAAUCUCACCCAGGUUCAGAUGAACCUGAAGCACAACAUAUGAUCGACGACCCUGAUGCUGCAGGGCUGCCAGUAAAGAUCUCUGCAGAAAGGCGACUAAUAGAUACGCACAUUCUCUCUGAGAAGGACAAAGAGAAGCCUACGAUCAAGCAGCGUAUAUUUGGGCGCUUGUGGAGUGCUUUGUCGAUAUUUAGACGUGAUGACACGAAGUUCGCUAUCAAGGUUGGGGUGGGCGCCGCGAUAUAUGCAAUGCCUUCCUUUAUAGUCGCUACUCGACCUAUUUAUGGCCAGUGGAGGGGCGAAUGGGGUUUACUUUCUUACAUGCUUGUUUGUUCCAUGACCAUUGGUGCCUCGAACACGACAGGCUAUUCUCGGUUUCUGGGUACAUGUCUUGGUGCCGUCUGUGCUAUAGCAGCAUGGGAGAUCUCCAAUGGUAAUCCAUUUCUGCUCGCCUUCCUUGGGUGGUGCAUGUCUUUCUGGACAGCGUACAUCAUUGUUGGCAAAGGCAAAGGGCCCAUGGGAAGAUUCAUCAUGCUAACAUACAAUCUUUCCGCACUAUACGCGUAUUCUCUUUCGGUCCAAGACGAGGAUGACGAUGGUGAUGAAGGCGGCACUCACCCGAUCAUCAGUGAAAUAGCCUUCCAUCGGGUGCUCGCUGUGCUUUCUGGUUGCAUCUGGGGCCUUAUCAUUACACGACUUGUGUGGCCAAUCUCUGCAAGACAAAAAUUGAAGGACGGCUUGUCUCUUCUCUGGCUGCGAAUGGGUCUGAUAUGGAAGCGGGAUCCGCUGAUGACAAUCACUGACGGAGAGACACCCAACCAGUAUAUGAAUCUGCGUGAAGAAUUCGAGUUACAACGAUUCCUGUCGACACUGGAGAAACUGCAGGCUUCGGCCAAAUCGGAAUUCGAGCUCAAGGGCCCCUUUCCGGACGCACAAUACAGCAGGAUAUUGAAGAGCACUGGUCGCAUCCUGGACGCUUUCCAUGCUAUGAAUGUUGUCAUUCUGAAGGAUUUGACAACCAGCCAAGGCGAAACGGCACUAUUGAAAGCCACGGCUCGAGAGCGGGCCCAACUCUGCAGUCGUAUAAGCCACCUGUUCUCUGUUCUUGCAUCGUCAAUGGCGCUGUCAUACCCAUUAAACGACGCCUUGCCAAACACAGAGCACACUCGGGAUCGUUUGCUUGCGCGCAUUUUUGCCUACCGGAAGAGCGAAGCCAGUGCGAAUGGUACUUCGGACGAGGACUUCGGUCUGUUAUAUACCUACGCCCUUGUCACGGGACAGUUGAGUUGUGAGAUCAAGGAGAUCUUGAUGGAGAUUGAAGGUCUGUUUGGUGUCUUGGAUGAAGACUUGCUCAAAUUGCAAUAA